UAUUCGUAAUCUGACUAACUUCACGCAAUCCCCAGGCUGCUAGAAGGAAAGGGAGACAUGGCUGAAACCAUAGCUGAUACAAGAAGGCUUUACACCAAGCCUCAGAACUUAAAUGACGCCUAUGGACCUCCGAGUAACUUUCUAGAGAUUGAUGUAAGCAACCCUGAGACGGUCGGGGUGGGCAGAGGCAGAUACACCACGUACGAAGUCAGACUGAAGACCAACCUACCCAUCUUCAAGCUGAAGGAGUCUUCUGUACGGAGGCGGUACAGCGACUUUGAGUGGCUCAGAGCGGAGCUGGAGAGGGAGAGCAAGGUGGUUGUACCACCUCUCCCGGGGAAAGCUCUUUUCCGGCAGCUUCCUUUCCGAGGAGAUGAUGGCAUAUUUGAUGACUCUUUCAUCGAGGAGCGGAGACAGGGUCUGGAGCAGUUUCUCAACAAAGUGGCCGGUCACCCUCUAGCUCAGAAUGAGCGAUGCCUGCACAUGUUUCUACAGGAUGAGUCUGUUGACAAGAACUACACCCCAUCCAAAAUCAGGCAAGCCUGAGGGAAAGAAAAAUAAAUAAAUAAAUGGAUGGCUCUGCUUGGCCUGGUCUCUCUCUCAGCCCUGCUCAGCCUCGCUUGGCCCAACAACCCAAAGCUCUUUUCACUGCUCCAGGUUUCUCUCAAACAAACAUUUUAUUGACAAUAUCGCCCCCCCCCCCCCCCCCCCCCCCCC